AUGUCAUUCUUGAGGAACUACUUUGGUACCUCCGCUGUUCCAGCGAAGGAUGAGAAGCCUAUCCGUGCUCUGCCCGCUUCCUGGUACACAUCCAAAGAUAUGUACGAGCUUGAACGACGGUCUAUCUUCUCCCGGAAGUGGCUUCUUACUACGCACAAGCACCGAGUCCCCAACACUGGUGACUGUGUCCGCUACGACGCCGCCGGCUACGAGUUCAUCGUUGCCAAAGACAACAACGGAAAGAUCAACGCAUUCCAUAGCAAUGAUCUCUUCCCCGCCCAUGUACACAUUGACCGCAAUGGUUUUGUCUGGGUGAAUCUAGACGUUAGCGAGACCCCCGAAGUUGCCUGGAAAGAUGACUUCGACGGUGUCGAUGAGCAGCCCCGGUUCGAGCACUAUAACUUCGAGGAAUACGUCUUCGACCACACAUGGGAUAUGGAGGGCGAGUUCAACUGGAAGAUCCUAGCCGACAACUACAAUGAGUGCUACCACUGUCGCGUCGCUCACCCCGACAUCCCCACCAUCGCCGACCUCAACUCCUACUAUGUCCAGACCAAGGCCGGCCACAUCCAACAUUAUGGCGCCCCACGACCCGACCAGGUCGCGAAGGGUUUCCGCAUAGCGACUACCUAUUUCUGGCCUAAUGCCUCGUUCAAUAUCUCUCCCAAUUUCUUCUUCAUGCAGCGAUUCACUCCUACCAGCCCAACACAAUGUGUAAUGCGCUAUGAAGUCUACCGCCACAAGGAUGCCACCGAUGAGGCCUUCAACCUUAUUAGCGACAUGUACAAGCGAAUCAUGUCCGAGGACAAGUACCUGUGUGUGAACUCGCAGAAGAAUCUCAACGCUGGUGUCUUUGUCAACGGCCAGCUUCAUCCAGAGAUGGAGAAGGGUCCGCUCCAUUUCCAGAAGACUGUGCGUGAGGUCGUCACAGAACACUAUGCUAAGGAGGAGGCUGUGGGUCAUCAAAUCUGGCCCGCAAAGCAUAGUCUUUCUGGGGACGUUGCUGUCACCAAAGAUCAAGAUAGCGUCGCUCUGCGUACGGGUACACACAGCUAUGGUGCUGAGGUCGACACUUUCAAGGACUCUAUGGGUACCGGUCUCUCCACUGUAACGGCAAUCGCUGUGUAG